AAGCCUCUCCCCAUUACCCAACGCUAGUUUUCCCCUUCUCCUUCUCCUUCCCCCACCCAUCAUCAAUCCACAGCCACCGACCGGAUUCAAUGGCGGCUCUCUCCGGCACCAUGGUCAGCACCUCCUUCCUCCGGCGCCAGCAGCCGGCGGUGGCCCUCCGCGCCGUCCCCAACGUGGGGCAGGCUCUCUUCGGAGUGAAGCCCGGCCGCGGCGGCAGAGUCACCGCCAUGGCCUCGUACAAGGUGAAGCUCAUCACCCCGGACGGGCCCCAAGAGUUCGAGUGCCCCGACGACGUUUACAUCCUGGACCACGCCGAGGAGGUGGGCAUUGACCUGCCCUACUCUUGCCGGGCUGGCUCCUGCUCUUCCUGCGCCGGGAAAGUCGUCGGCGGCAGCAUCGACCAGUCGGACGGCAGCUUCCUCGACGACGAGCAGAUGGACGCUGGGUGGGUCCUCACCUGCGUGGCUUAUCCUACGUCCGAUGUUGUCAUUGAGACCCACAAAGAAGAGGAGCUGGUUUGAUGAUGAUGAUGAUGAUGAAUGAUUAGACGUUAGUUACUAAUAAUAGUAGUAGUGCUUCUUCAUUAUUGCUCCUCCUUUUUUUUGUACUGUUUGCUUAAUUUAAUUGCUUCUCCAUCUCCAUGUACCCAUCCAUCCCUACCACUCCCUCGCCAUCUUUGUCUUGUUAUGGUUAUGGUUACGGUUAUAAUUACAGUUAUAAGAGUUCUUCUUCGUCUCUAA